UUGAGAUGACCCACCCGGCCAUAAUCCCCUCGCUAGCAAGACACUUCCCAACUCUGUAGAACGAACGGUGAAUACAGUGACAUUUCUUUAAAAAUGGUGCUGAAGGCUGUCUGUGUGUUGAAGGGAACCGGGGACGUUACCGGAACUGUUUUCUUUGAACAAGAGGGUGACGGCGCCCCCGUGAAGCUCUCAGGACAGAUCGCAGGGCUCGCUGCAGGAGAGCAUGGCUUCCACGUCCAUGCGUUUGGAGACAACACUAAUGGGUGCAUCAGUGCAGGUCCUCACUUCAACCCCCACAAAAAGGACCAUGCUGGGCCUAACGAUGUAGACAGGCAUGUUGGAGACCUGGGAAACGUGACCGCCGGAGCUGAUAAAGUCGCCAAGAUCGACAUCACGGAUAAGAUGCUCACCCUAAAUGGCCCAUUUUCCAUUGUCGGCAGAACCAUGGUGAUUCACGAGAAGGCUGACGAUCUUGGCAAAGGUGGCAACGAGGAGAGCCUGAAAACCGGCAACGCCGGUAGUCGUCUGGCCUGUGGAGUGAUCGGAAUCUGCGCCUGAACGAUGCUUCAUACCCCUGGCGUGGACGGCACGGAAAAACCUCAGGCCCUUCCCCUGUACUAGCCGCUUAGAAAGACCAACAUGGCAACCUGGUGUGACUUAUUGUUGUUGAAACCCCUCUAUGGUCUUUAUUGAGCCGCCUAAAAAAGAAGCACUUAACUGUCUGGUUGGGUACUGCCUUACAUGGGACUGUUGUAUGAAUGGCUGUUGGCAUGCGUGUUUGACCAUCAGGUUUGUUGCAAAAUAAAAUGGGUAAUGCGUUGAGCAAUGUUGUUCACUCCCUGUUUGAAGUUGCUUAAUAAAUGUACUUUGACUGAA